AUGGAGCUUAAAGCUGUAGUUUUCUCAAUUCCUUACGGUGUAGUCUUUGUUGUCCUUGGUCUCUUCGUCAAUCUUCUCCAGGCCAUUUGCUUUCUUACUAUUCGACCUUUGUCCAAGAGUGCAUAUAGAAAGAUCAAUGGAACAGUUGCAUCACUUUUAUGGUUGGUUCACAUUUGCCUCUUGGAGUGGUGGGCAGGCCUUAAGGUUAAACUAUACACAGAUUUGGAAACUUAUCGACUAAUGGGCAAGGAGCAUGCGCUUCUCAUGCCCAACCACAUGUGUGAUGCAGAUGUACUUAUUGGAUUUCUUCUAGCUCAGCGAUUGGGUUGCCUUCGUAGUGCUCUUAUGGUUAUGAAGAAAUCUGCAAAAUACCUUCCUAGAAGUUUACAAGGGUUAAAGGAUUUUCCCAUGCCAUUUUGGCUUACCAUGUAUGCGGAAGGAACACGCAUGACCCCAGACAAGCUUUUAGAAGCUCAAAAGUUUGCUGCUUCUAGGAAACUGCCUAUCCCUAAGAAUGUCUUGAUUCCUCGUACCAAGGGUUUUGUCACAGCAGUGAAGAAUUUGAGAUCAUUUGUCCCUGCAGUGUAUGAUGUUACUCUUGCCGUUCCAGAAGGUCAUUCAACUCCUUCCCUGCGUACCAUAAUGGAAAGGAAAAGUACUAUGGUAAAAAUACAUAUAAAACGAUACUCAAUGAAGGAAUUGCCACAAUCAGAUGAGGCCAUUGCUCAAUGGUGCAGAGACAGGUUUGUGGCCAAGGUACGCUUGAACCCUUGA